UUUGUUGUUUGUUUAUUUUAUCUAAGUAAAAUAUUGAAGGGCACUUCAAUCUAAUCUGCAUUACAUAAUUUUGCAUACAGCAGAUACGUUACAAGACACUUCAUUUCAUUACUCUAAUAUUGUUUUAAUAUGUGUGACAAGAAAGGUGACUUGGAGCUAAUAAAGAAAAAUAUCCAGCGCUUUCCAAACUUUCCUAAAACUGGAAUAACAUUUAUAGAUAUAUUUUCUGUGUUGAGAAACUACAAGGCAUUCUGUGCUCUAAAAGAAAUUAUAAUUGAUCAUGUGAAAACGUUGGAAGGAGUGGAUGUGGUUGCUGCAUUAGAAUCCCGAGGAUUCCUAUUUGGUCCCGUCGUAGCUCUAGAACUUGGAUUGCCGUUUGUGCCCAUCAGGAAAAAAGGGAAACUCCCGGGAAAAGUAGAACAAGUCAGUUUUACAUUAGAAUAUGGCCAAGAUGUUUUUGAAAUCCAAUCCGAGAGUAUUCUUCCUAACCAAGGAGUGCUGCUUCUAGAUGACUUGUUAGCUACAGGAGGUAGUUUGGCAGCCUCUUGCCAGCUGAUCUCCCAGUUGAAGGCCAAAGUUGUGGAAUGUCUGGUCAUCAUUGAGCUGACAGAUUUGAAAGGGAGGGAUAAAGUCCCAGCUCCAGUACAUUCCUUUAUCCAAGAGACUGAAAACUGACUGCAAUACUCCCAACAGAUUUGCUGAACAACAACAUUUCAUUCCAUGCCAACUGUAAAGUAUACAUUCCUUUUUGAUGGACUACUGGUAUUAAUUUACUUGAGAUUAUAUUUUAAAUCAAA